AAUAAUACUAAUUCUUUGAUAUUUUUUAUUUCUAGAAAUGAAGCACUUCGAGUUGCCUUCAUUGAUGAGGUGGAGACUUUGACUGGUGGGAAAGUGCAGAAAGAGUUUUACUCUAAACUUGUGAAGGGUGACAUCGAUGGGAAAGAUCAGCAAUAACACACGGUUUAAUCAUUUGGCCGAUGCUAUCAUAUCAUGGUUUCCGGUUUUCCCAUUGGUUCCCUCAAUAAAAAGUUUAGUAGAAGAUCGGAGAGAGAGAAAAAUGAUGAUCGAUAUUGUUGGAAAAAUCAUCAGAGGCAAGCGAAACUAUUCCCGUUACUCUGGUUUACUGACGUUAACUUCUUUCACUUUAUAUCUCCAAGAUGGGCCAGGGAGUAUAAUAAAGAUGAAACUACAUAUAACCGACCGAACACGCCAUCAAAUUGUGAGGACCGUCUAUGUGAUAGAGAGAAAGUAUAUAAUAUUUGUUUCUCGGGUGAAAUUGGUUCAUUUGGAUUCAAUGAACAUUUUGAUAUCAACCAAACUAAGCAACGUAGAGUUCCAACCGCGGAUGCCGGAAGCAUUUAACAUCAUAAAUAUGCCUAGAAGAAUUUUUAAUUCCGUGUGAGACAUUUGGUGGUGUUUUUUUUUGAAGUUUUGACAACUUUUACGAGUGCGUUGCUUUUAUUGUUGAUCUACAUUAAUGUUAGACAUAUUAUGGUGAAUUUUUUCAUGUAUGG